AUGGGUGAGAUAGUGGACGAAUACGCCGAAGUCGGCAGGCCCGAAAAUAGUGCGGACAUGCGAAUUUUCGGGCUAGACGAGUCCAUCACCCUGGAUGACAUCAAGGAGGUGGUAGCCAAGAGGGGGGGCUGCUGCCCCCGCGAGGUGACAGCAGGGGGAGUGAACCCAGGGUCAGGAGGCAUGUGGGGGACACUUGUGCGAUGCCCCGCAUGGGCCGCCAGAAAAGUGGCGGAAGGCGGGAGGAUAAAGGUGGGCUGGAGUCAGGCACAAGUGAAGGUGCUCAGCCGGCGCAUGCAUUCGGUGAAUGGAGAGGGGGCCCGGCCAAAGAGAACAGGAGCGCACUCUGCUUCAGGUCAAACCCCUCCGCUAGUCCGCCGACUCAGUCACGGAGCAAAGGAGCCACCACAACACCACAAUUCGCUUGCGCGAUUCACCACCAAACUGGGGGAAACAUUUCGCCCCGACAAAACACCUCCUGUAUUUACAAAAGCACAAUCAACUAAAGCCCACAGCAAGCAGCGCUCAACCCUAACCAGCUGA